CCGCUACCUCCGGGUAAUAGCGCGGCCGGCGCCAAGAUCUUCAAGGCGAAGUGCAACACCUGCCACACGUGCAAUGAGGGUGGCCCCAACAAGCAGGGCCCCAACCUGUUCGGCGUGAUCGGCCGCCAGUGCGGCCAGGUGCAAGGGUUCAAGUACACAGGGGCCAGCAAGAACUCGGGCAUCCAGUGGUCCAACCAGACCCUCGUCGCCUACCUGGAGAACCCGAAGAAGUACAUCAAGGGCACCAAUAUGGCCUUCCCCGGCUUCAAGAAGGACCAGGACCGUGUCGAUGUCGUCGCGUACCUCAACACCAUGAAGUAA